CGGGCCGUUUGCAGACGUGAAACAGCACUUCUCCAGUCUGCAAAGCAUCCAGCAGCUCCCUCUGGAGAAGGAGGAUGUUGGGCAGUUUGCAGACUGAGAAGCCCCCCCCCCCCCCUUGGCUGCAACUUGCCUUGCAGCAGCCAAAGAGAAGGAAUCAGGCUCCACGUGGAGCUGGCUCGGGUCCCUUUGAUCCUUUUGCCUCCCCUGUAAAGCAAGCAGUGGAAUUGGGGGGAAAGGAAGAAAGGAGAAGGGGGAAAGGAGCGAGGGAGUGUGGGGAGCCACUGUGACCCACUCACUGCUUUCCCAUUUUAACCAGAUUAUUCCUUAAGGGCUGUACACAUUCCUGCACAGUAGGAAAUCUUAUAGAGACAGGACUUCGAAGUCCAUCAUAUCUCCAUCUCUUCAAGAGCUGAUCCAAUACUGCAUUGCUGAAGUUGAUAUACUUACCUCAAGAGAUUAUGAACAUCUUGGGGAAGGGUGUACUUUUAACCCCCAUGAUGAUAAGACAAUCUAAGAUGAAGCAAGAGAUAGUGGUGAAGAUUACUUCUCCAGAUCAAGGAUGCUCAAAACAGAUGCCUGAUGAUUUCCUGAAUAUUGAAAUGUUCUGAACACCGAGCCUGCCUUUCUGACGAUGAACAAUUCACAACCAUUGUCACUGACUGGAAUUGGUCUGUUUUCCAAUGCUACCUGUCACACAGAAAAGAAGAUCUCUGUGUUUUUUUCCAUCAUCUUCAUGACAGUGGGGAUUUUAUCCAACAGUCUUGCAAUAGCAAUUCUUAUGAAGGCCUACCAGAGGUUUAGACAGAAGUCAAAAGCAUCCUUUUUGCUUUUUGCCAGUGGUUUGGUUAUCACAGACCUGCUGGGCCAUCUAAUUGCCGGAACCAUUGCAGUAUUUGUAUAUGCAUCUGAUAAAGACUGGAUUCGGUUUAACCAGUCAAACAUUCUCUGCAGUGUUUUUGGCAUCUGUAUGGUGUUCUUUGGACUAUGCCCUCUCUUUUUGGGCAGUGUAAUGGCUGUUGAACGGUGCAUUGGAGUCACGAAGCCAAUAUUUCAUUCAACAAAGAUGACUUACAAACAUGUAAAAGUAAUAUUGACUAUGGUAUGUCUUUUUGCCAUUUUCAUAGCUUUGUUGCCUAUACUUAGGUUAAGAGCCUAUCAAAUUCAAGCAUCAAGAACUUGGUGCUUUUAUAAAACAGAACAUUUUGAUGACUGGGAAGACAGAUUUUACCUCCUACUUUUUUCAUGCUUGGGUUUACUGGCCCUUGGUGUUUCAUUCUUGUGCAAUGCUGUAACGGGAAUUACACUUUUAAAAGUCAAAUUUAAAAGUCAACAUAGACAAGGCAGAUCUCAUCAUUUUGAAAUGAUCAUUCAGCUUCUGGCUAUAAUGUGUGUCUCAUGCAUUUGCUGGAGCCCAUUCCUGGUGACCAUGGCAAAUAUUGGAAUAAAUGAAAACCAUUCCUGGAAAUCAUGUGAAACAAUACUGUUUGCUCUUCGAAUGGCAACAUGGAAUCAAAUUUUGGAUCCAUGGGUAUACAUUCUUCUGAGAAAAGCUGUUCUUAAAAAACUGUUCCAGAUUGCUAGAAGAUUUUGUGGAGUUCGUAUCAUUAAUUUCCAUGCGUGGGAACUCAGCUCCAUUAAAAAUUCAUUAAAAGUGGCAGCAGUUUCUGAUUCAACAGUCAGCUCCAAACCGACCAACCAGCAGCUACUCAAUUCAACAGUGCCAUGAAGUGGAACGAGAGAAUGAUGAAAUGAAGAUGUAAUGGUCAGGCAUCUCAAUAUUUUGUAGAAUAAAUGUGGCCUGGUAUUUUCUUCAUCUUUAAAAUAUAAAAUCUGGCUCUAUUGAUGGGCAUCCGGAGCUGAUAUUCCAGAUAGUCAUUUUCAGAAUAUAUUUUCAAGAAUGGUCGAUGUGUAACUGAGGCUGCCAAACCUAGUACCAAAGAGGCCAGGAUUCAUUAUAACAGAAGAAAAACAAAUGCACCAAUAAACUGCUAAUUUAAUGUGUAAAAAGUAAAUUUAAAAUAGGAUGGUGAACACAUCAGACAAUUUUUAUUAAAAUAUGGCCUCGUUGAAGUAUUUAAUAAAAACAAGACAAAAUCUAUUGAUUUCAGUUUGAUGUAUUUAAGGAAGUAUAUUUAACACAACCUUUAAAAUAAACAAGACUAUUAAACUUUAAGGAAAUGGUUGGAUUAUGGUUUGUACAUAUAGGUGUCAUAACAAUAUUGAGUUUCACCUUUAAUUUGAUACAGAAGGACUCUUUUUUUCCCUUUUAUAUCAAGACAAUCUGCUUAGCUUGGUUUAAACGAAUCCUGAUAGACAUAUGAGGUAAAAGGAGGUUGCAAAUGAUGAAAUGUCUCUGUUAAAAGUGGCAAUGAAUUUGUGGUAACUUGAGAAGAUAUAUUCCCGUUUGUGCUCACUUUCUCUUGCACAGUGUAAAGUGAACCUCCAAAAUGAAAAAGCUUGAUCAGUAACAGAAGUGAUUUAGCUUCUUAGAAAUUCGACCCUUAGCAUCACAACUUCAAAUAUGUGCACCUAGAAAAAGGAAUUAAAAACACAAAUUUAAGAGCCAGGAAAAGGUAACUGAUGUGACCUAUUAAUGUUAUACCAGGAUCCCGUGAUAGCGCAGAGGGUUAAACUGCUGAGCUGCUGAAUUUGCUGACUGAAAGGUCAGCAGUUCGAAGUUGGGGAGUGGGGUGAGCUCCCACGGUUAGCCCCAGCUUCUGCCAACCUAGCAAUUCAAAAACAUGCAAAUGUGAGUAUUUCAAUAUGUACCGCUUCAGUGAGAAGGUAAUGGCGCUCUAUGCAGUCAUACUGGCCACAUGACCUUGGAGGUGUCUGUGGACAACACUGGCUCUUUGGCUUAGAAAUGGAGAUAGACACCACCCCCCAGAGUCAGACACAGCUAGACAUAGUGUCAAGUGGAAACCUUUACCUUUAAUGUUGCACCAUAUUCUUAUUGGCUAAUAAUUAGUUGGAUGUUCAACUAUUAUGAUGUUUUAGUUUGAUUAAGAAAUCACAUUUACGCAUAGUAAACUUGUGAAAUACUGGGUGUCAUAUUUUAAUUCUGGUUGUUGAUAUGUCUUUGAUAUGCACAUGCAGUGCUUCAAUCUAUUACCAUAAAUACAAAAAAACAAUUUACUGAGGCCUACUAUGCACCAACAGGAAUAUGAAGGAGGAGAAAAAGAUGAAACACUCAUAGUUGCAACCGUCAAGUGAAAUUGGAACACAUUUGUUUUUAUCUAAAUAAAAGAAAGAUGUGGCACAAAUUAUAGAAUGUUUUUGGCAGAAUUUUCAGCCUUCAAUGUAAUAUUUCACAAUGAAUCUUAAAAGUAAUUGUGGUGCUGGGGGAAUUGCUUUUGAAAGCUAGAAAAACAAACACUGAUUUAGCUGAAAAAAAUUAUUGUUGCUAUCCCACAAAGAUGUUGUAGAGGACUUAGUGGAAAAGUCUUUAAGAAAAAAAUAUUCAUAUGUCAGUUUAACAGUUUGCUAGCCUUACUUUUUUUGGGAGCAAUUACCAUAUUGUUUAUAUACCAGCCUCUUGCAGUUCUGUGUAAAUAUUUAAAGUCCUCUAACAUUUUGAGGCUCUCAGGCAACGAAGUGCCUAAGAUCCCCCCCCCCCAAUCUUGCAUAUGCUUGCAGUGUUCAUUUGUUUUACUUGAAAAAGAAGCAAAGCCAUUAAACUUUACCUUGUAGUUUGUUUACAAGUAAAAGUAAAAUGUUUUAAAAUUUGUGAACAUAAAUCAUAAGCCAGGCCCUGAGCUGCUAAAGAAAUUAUUGUAACUAAUAUAUGGAUUAAAUGAACAAUCAUACCAGCUGCUAUUACUAUUACUCCUCCACAAAGAUUUUAUUGACAAUAAAGAUGAACACAGAAAUCCUUCAAAAGCCAUACACUUUAUAUUAGAUGAGAACCAUAUGGUAGGGAUUUUUUUUGCUGUACAGUUUUCAAAGUUCAUAACACAUCAUGCUGCACUCCAGUAGCCAUAUAUUGUGACCUUCUGAAGACUGCUUUUGUAUUUCUGAUUAUUGUUGCCUCCCAGGAUGACAGAAACCUAGACAGAAUUGUGGUCCUCACUAGGCAUAUAUGUAUUUACUUUUAUGUCAUCUAUCAAUCUAUGGCAACCCCAUAAAUGUCACAGGGUUUUGCCAGUUCUUUCUGAAAUAAAGUCUACAGCUCCUGGUAUUCACAGUUGAUCUCCCAUCCUAGUCUAACCAGGGCUGAUCCUUCUUAGGUUCCAAGAUCAGACGGGAUCUGGUAUCUUUACAGUAUUUAGGUCAGUGGUCUUCACUAGGAGCUCCCAAUUCCUGCUGUUGCUGCCUAUUGGCAUGUGAAUACUAGUUCACAAGUUGUGCAGGCUUGCAAAACCAGAUUAAUGAUAAGGCAUUAAUGAUGAGCAGAAUGAAGGGAUUAGCAUAUCGUGACACAAUUCCAUGAACAUUCAACCAAUGGGAAGGUGAGCCUUGAAUUAGAAAUCUGUCCCUACCUUGUACUAGGAUUAUUUUGUUUUAAGCCCAUACCUAUGGAUUUAUUUUGUUUUACACCAAUUGUUCUCAACCUUUGGGUCUCCAGAUGUUUUGGCCUUCAACUCCUAGGAAUCCUAAUAGCUGGUAAAUUGGCUGGGAUUUCUGGGAGUUGUAGGCCAAAACACCUGGGGACCCACAGGUUGAGAACCACUGCUUUACACCCAUGCCCAGCAGAAGGUCCCAAAUUCAAUCGCUUGAAUCUACAGGUGAGACUAAGCUUGAUAUAAUAGCUCCUCCAUACCAAGUCAGUGCUGUUACCCUAUGGCCCAAUUGAAUACAUAAUCUGAAAUCAGAGUUAUGAUAUAAAAUGUCAUUGCAUCUGAUCACAUGCCUCCAUUUUUUUUUCGUUCUGGUGACAAGUAUGCUUCAGCAGCUUCAAUUGAUGUUUAACUAUAUAAUUGUGGAAAUGCUUCACUGGUAAAAAAAAAAAAGUGGGUUUCUCUCAUUUUGUCAUGUGAAUAAAUGUUACUAUGUGUGUAUAGAUAUACUAUAUAUAUUCUAAAUUUUGUCCAAACAAAUGUGUAUUUGUUUUCUUGUAUUCUGUGAAUUGAUACAGAGUAAUGUAAGAUGCGAUAUUUCAUUAAACCUAUUACAAUGUG